UAAACAGAAAAAUACAGCAAUUUUUCAUCAUUUCAAGUCGGGCGAGGUAGAAGAGCUCAACCUCAUCAACGAUUAAAGACAAUUAGAGUGGAUUCUAGGGUCUUUAAAACGAGAGAGCGAGUGUUGGCCCUCACAGUUGUUUUCAAGAGUUUCUCGCCGUGAUCUUUAUGUGAGGACCGCGACGGGAGGAGAGACGCGGGGCUGACAGACAGAGAGAGGCAGGUGGAGAUCAUUGUGUCUUCUUGGAUCUGUGCUCAUCAUCGCUAUUGAGAUCUCAUUGUCUGGUCCUCUGGUCCACAACAGGGAUAUAAACUGCAUCAGGAGGCAUCUUCCACUGCUUUGUACCUUACCACAUAGCUGUCCAUCAGGCUGUAUCAUGGAGGCCAUUGCCAAGUAUGAUUUCAAAGCAACUGCAGAUGAUGAGCUGAGUUUUAAACGUGGGGAAGUAUUGAAGGUAUUAAAUGAAGAGUGCGAUCAGAACUGGUAUAAGGCAGAAUUAAACGGCAAAGACGGUUUCAUUCCUAAAAACUACAUCGAGAUGAAGGCGCAUCCGUGGUUCUUCGGGAGAAUCCCCAGGGCCAGAGCGGAGGAGAUCCUAAACAAACAGAGGCACGACGGAGCCUUCCUCAUUAGAGAGAGCGAGAGCGCGCCUGGAGACUUCUCCCUGUCCGUCAAGUUUGGCAAUGAUGUACAGCACUUUAAAGUGCUGCGUGACGGGGCUGGAAAGUACUUCCUGUGGGUCGUGAAGUUUAACUCUCUCAACGAGCUGGUGGACUAUCACCGCACCACUUCCGUUUCCCGAAACCAACAGAUCUUUCUACGAGACAUCGAGCAGGUGCCUCAGCAUCCAACAUACGUGCAGGCCCUGUUCGACUUCGACCCUCAGGAGGACGGCGAGCUUGGCUUCAGACGCGGAGACUUCAUUCAGGUCCUGGACAACUCUGACCCCAACUGGUGGAAGGGCGCCUGUCACGGCCAGACGGGCAUGUUCCCACGCAACUACGUCACGCCUGUCAAUCGGAACAUGUAAAGGAAAAAAACCAAGCGAUUAGUGAAUAAAUUGUAAUUAACGGCCCCUCACAUUCACAUACAAUCAGACUACCCUACAUCUCCCCGUCAACACCCGUAAAGUCCUGUGAAAUUUAAAGCGGCACAGAGGAAUGGAAAUCGUGACCGAAAACAAGGAGAGGAAAAAAAAACGUAGCGGAGAGGCUGGAUGUUUCCACCUCUGCCGUGGUGCCCGGGCGAAACUAUUAUUCCUGAGAAUCGUGAUGUCUUCAUGAACGCUUGCAGUCCGGACUGAGCUGUUAGGGCGAAGGAAAGGCUGAAUCCUAGCUUAGUAAAACACACAUAAAUUAAAACAACAAUGAUUCUGUCUGUAGAUUCAUCCUGCUGCUUCAGGCUUCUUUUUUUGUCUGCGAAUAGAAUUUUUUUUUUUUUUUUUUUUGGCUGCAUGUUUAAAUCUCUUUAUAAUAGUAAAUCCUGAAGCUGUUUUUAAAAAGGAAAAAAAAAAAACAUUCUAAAAAUAUAUAAAAAUGUAAGCGUAAAAACUUGCAAACGCAUUGUACAUCUGGGCUGUGGAA